AGCAUCAUCAUCUUCUUUUUUCUCACAAAGCUUGUUAAAAUUUGGCAAACAUUGCAGAUGGACCGCUCUUUCUUAGACACCAAUGUCCUGUAUUUAGCUUCAGAUCUGAUGGAAUUAGAAGAGCAAGACUUGUCCUAAGGAAUUCUGAGAGUAGACAAUCAAUAAAUAGUGAUGAUAAUGUGAGACCCCAAUCAUCAGAAGGUAAAAGUUAUAACAGAGAAGAGAUACUUGCCCUUUUUAGAAGAAUUCAGUCUUCAAUAUCGCAAGAAUCUACUGCCUCCAGAGGGAAAACAAAUAGUCCAACUGCUGAAUCAGUUUUAGAAGUUCUGCGUCAAUCAAGGGAGAAAGUGAAAGGGAAGAUUUCAAACCUCGAAGGUAGCACGGGAUCUAGUGAACAGGAGAAGGAACAGAAGAAGGAUGAAGAUCAGAUGUUACAUCAACCUAAUGAAAAGAAAAGUCGUCCGGCUUCAAAUUUUGUGAAGAGAUCACCUAUCCCAUCUUUGUAUGCAGAAACACUAGAAGAUGAAGUGAAGAGUGUUAGAGAUGGAGAAGAACUAGAAAUGAUGAAACUUGCUGAGCUUAAAGAAUUAGCAAAAUCUAGACGGGUUAAAGGCUAUUCAAAACUGAAGAAAGGCGAGCUUAUCAAUUUGCUAAAAACCUUGUGAGUAUCUUGAGA